AUGCGAUUGCUCCGGCAUAAAUCCCCCAGGCAGCCAAACACGAGGAUUAAUGGAUACUCUCCCAGGCCACCCCGAAAUGCCUGCCUUCCCUCCCAACCUCCUUCCCUGUCCCCCGAACUGCCGCGGUGCGGCUCUGCAGGGAAGAGGGGCCACGCCGCGCCCCUCGCCGCUCCCCGGCCCCGGAACCCAGCGGCGGCGGAGCUCCGCGCACACGCUGCCCCCGCUCCCCGACUCACAGCUCGGCCGGCUGCUCCCCCGCCGCUCCUCCUUCCCUCCCUCCGGCCGCUGCGGAGCCGGGAGGGCAGCGGGGCCGCCCCUCCGCGGCUCAGGGCGUGCGCGGCACCUGCGAGCACCCGUCAGUGCGCGGGCGGGCGGCGGCGCCCCGUGUGCCGGGGGCGCGGGGCCGCGGGUGGCGAGCGGGAGCCGCGGGGAGGCGGCGCUGCCGGCGGGGAGGGCGGGCUGCAGGGAAAUCCUGGCACCGCGGAGCGCCGCCUGGGAGGCGGGCAGGGGAGGCGAGCAGCAACCACAGUAACAAUAAAGGGGGUCUCUCCCCCCUCCCCCGCUUUUUUUAAGCUCAUUGCGGGAGUGGGGGCGUUACGGGGAGCGCCGGAAGGCCACCUCCCAGCCAGGCAGUGCCCCGCUGAGCCCUGGGGUGGGCAGCCUCCCCUGAGCACGGCCAGCUCGGAGAGGUGCUUAAAAGCUGACCAUUUUUCACCCAAACCCUCGUCCCCCUCACCUCCUCGGCGCCCCGCUCCGUCACGGGGGAGGCUUUCAGCUCGCUCUCCGCAGCAGCGCCCGCCGCACUCCUUCAUUCUGCCUUUCCUCCAUCAUUUACGCGUUUUUAAGGAGCGCUCAGGCUUUCAUGACUCCACGGGCUGCGAUUUGCAGGUUGUGGAUGAUACCUCAGAGAUGAAGCGUGAUCGAAGCAUUUCUCCACGGAACACCAAGCUGGGCCCGAGAGGUGCUUCUGGUUCAGAGCCUGUGGCAGGGGCUCAGACAGUUUUCAAGAGUGAUUUUUCUCAAGAAGUAAAAUAUGUAAUAAACAUGCUGAGAGAAAUGAAGAGGGACUAAAAUCAUCUUCAGGAGGAUCACGCUCCUAUUUUUGAACUCAAAUGCAUACCUGACACAUAACAGAAGAAUGCACAUUAAAACUAAAAGGUACACUCAGCUUGCACUGUGAUGGGUAUGAUACCACUGAAUCCAUGAAAAGAAAAUUGUCUUCCAUUUUAGAGAUGCUUGCCUCCAGUAAGAAAGUUAUAUGGGUUAUUUUUCAAUGUAGUGUUAGACCACUUGGCUAUACGACCUACGCCAAAUCAUGCAGUGAGCAUCAUUCCACGUAUUACUGAGAAGUCAUUCAUGUAGUGAUAUACGACCGCUUGCAUAAGCACGUUUCAAGGUACAUUUGUGGAUGUACAUGCAGAAGUGCAGGUGGAAUUUGGAGAUCAAGUUCUAAAGAUGUGUCCUAAAUGCUCUAAAAUACAAACCUAUCCGGCUUUAUAACUCCAGUAGCCACUGUGCUCCAUUGUCUGGUCACUUCCAGUAGUGGAAAGCAGAUAUGAAAUGUGACACUUUUGGCUCGGUAGUAUUUUGUCAUCACUUCCUACUGAUUACCCAGGGAUCUGAGCAGCCCGGGGAAUUACCACAGAUUUUGUCUCUGCUGUUCUGAACAGUAUCUCUCUGAUGGCAAUACAUGCAACCCAGUACAGUUUAUAACUUAAUUCAGACUGCUGUCACAACUCUCAGUUACAGUAUUGGGUCAGUUUCUCUGUCAAAGAUCAGAAAAACUCCCAGUAGAUCUUCCUAGCUAAAGUACACUACCUUCUAAAAUCCGUUCAAGGAAGGAAAACUCAAGCAAAUAUAUAUUUGUGUCCUUAGUAAUACCAAACUUUCCCAUGUUUUUACCUGAGUUUUUAUAGAAAUUAUAAAAUGAUAACAUGAUCAGAGCACAUAUAUAUAAAUUUUUAAAAAGUAUAUAUUGAGCUUUCUCCAGAGGCGUUUUUCCAAGCCACCAUAUAUGAAAAUCAGUUUGUUUUUUUCAAUAACAGCUUAGCUUCAGUGACUGCAGUGACCCAAACCCAAGUUAUUUUCAUUGUAAAUGAUGAUACCCACAUUUUACAAAACCUUUGUAUUAUUUAGUUUAAAAUCCUCCUCCCUUUUAAUGAAAUACAGUAGCUGGCACUUCUACUGAAAAAAUCAUUAAAUAUUUCCAUAUUGGCUUCCA